ACCGGUGUCAACAAACAACAACAACAUUAUUUUCGACCUAGCUACAACCGCCCUGGCAACCACACUUCCAACAGCUCAAAUUCUGGCUUAUAAACCCGAGGAGACUGAGACACUAACACUUCUGAACGUCCAGAAAUCUUAUUUUCUUCUUUUUUUUUUGUCGUCAAAUUUGACUACUCGGAGGGGUUGUGGCCGUCCCGGGACGCUGGUGCUUGGCUGUAGCCCGGCUGCGGCUAACCCUAUAACCGAGGCUAACAGAGGCUAACCCUCCAGGAAGCUUCUCCACAGGCGACACGGAGGUUUUUAUUUUUGUUUUUAACGGCGUCCUCCUGCUGCAGACCCGGUGUUGGAGCAGCAGCCUCCCCCCCACCCCGUUAGAGGAGGAGAUAUCAGCAGUCACUGGGGUGGUGGAGGUAUGACUGCGUUGGCGGGGUCAAUACCCAGGAUGAUGCGACCCACGCUGGCUCAGAACUACCCCCGCAGUGGCUUCCCACUGGAAGUGUCUACCCCGUUGGGUCAAGGCCGAGUGAACCAGCUCGGAGGAGUUUUCAUAAACGGGAGACCUUUGCCUAACCACAUCCGACAUAAGAUCGUGGAGAUGGCCCACCAUGGCAUCAGGCCGUGCGUCAUCUCCCGACAGCUCCGGGUCUCCCACGGCUGCGUGUCCAAAAUCUUGUGCCGGUACCAGGAGACGGGCUCCAUCAGACCCGGGGCCAUCGGAGGCAGCAAACCCAAGCAGGGAACAACGCCGGACGUAGAGAAGAGAAUUGAAGAAUACAAGCGGGAAAACCCGGGUAUGUUUAGCUGGGAGAUUCGGGAUAAAUUACUGAAGGAUGGGAUAUGUGACCGCAACAACGUGCCUUCAGUGAGCUCCAUCAGUCGCAUCAUGCGGAGUAAGUUCGGGGGAAAAGGCGACGAAGAGGAGGAUGAAGAUGAAAUCGAGAAGAAGGAGUUGGAGGACAACGAGCGCAGGGCCAAACACAGCAUCGAGGGCAUCCUGGGAGACAGAUCGAGUCACUCGGACGAGGGUUCGGACGUGGAGUCGGAGCCCGAUCUGCCGCUGAAGAGGAAGCAGAGGCGCAGUCGGACCACUUUCACAGCGGAGCAGCUGGAGGAGCUGGAGAGAGCCUUCGAGAGAACACACUACCCCGACAUCUACACCAGGGAGGAGCUCGCCCAGAGAGCCAAACUCACAGAGGCCAGGGUGCAGGUGUGGUUCAGCAACAGGCGGGCGAGAUGGAGGAAGCAAGCAGGAGCCAAUCAACUGAUGGCAUUUAAUCACCUGAUCCCAGGGGGUUUCCCACCUUCAGCCAUGUCCAGCAUCCCUCCCUACCAGCUCUCUGACAGCGCCUACCCCCCCCCAUCUAUAGCACAAGUGUCAGAGCCUCCCAGCACAGUGCACCGGCCCCAGCCUCUGCCUCCCUCCUCGGGCCACCAGGCGUCCGGCGCCGGAGGACAGGGUGAAGGAGCCUCCGCCUACUGCCUCGCCUCCGGACGCCAUUCCUUCUCAGGCUACUCGGACAGCUUUGUGAGCCCCGGAGGACCGGCCAAUCCCAUGAACCCCACCAUCGGAAACGGGCUCUCUCCACAGGUGAUGGGUCUGCUGAACCCGGGCGGCGUGCCACAUCAGCCCCAGAGCGACUACGCCAUCUCCCCUCUGACGGGCGGCCUCGAGCCCCCUGCCGGCAUGGCCGCCAGCUGCAGCCAGCGCAUGGAUCACAUCAAGGGCCUGGAGGGUCUGACCAGCGUUCCCUCCAUGUCGGCUCUGCCCUCCCUGCCCAGCUCCCAGUCCUACUGCCCCCCCUCCUACAGCUCACCUGGCUACACUGUUGACCACGUGGCGUCCUACCAGUACGGCCAGUACGGACAAAGUAAGGAGGUUGGAGUGUUUAGACGAUGUUGGGAAGCAAGAUUUACAGAGUGACCAAUGAGUGCCCUUCCUUAUCUGAGGCCUGAAAUCACCUGAUCAGAAGCUUCGGACUUCUCAGAGGGACUUUUGUGUGUACAGCGAUGGAAAAUCUUUUAAUAUCUUUCUGGACCAAACUUUUUCUACCAUGUGCCAGGACACGUUCACUACUGCAGGACUUUGCAUUAUUAAUUCUUGGUGGAGAAAAUGGACAAGAAGGAGAAAAAAAAAAACAAAACAAAAAAACAAAAAAAUAAAAAAAAACAAAAAAAGAAGGGACCACAAGAAGGAAUAUCAGACCAAAAACUGUUGAUUGACUGUGAACAUUGCUGCAUCAGUAUAGCAGAUGACCAGCAGAGGUGUCAGCGCUUAAUGUGGUUGGUUCGGCGGAGUUGUGACCAAACACCAAAAAACAGUGACCAAACUCCAUCUGCGGACCGCGACGGCAAAACCCAGACCACCGGCCUUCGAGCCGACGCUUGAAGGAACGUGUUUACAUAUCUUAGGGCCACACGAGUACAUAUGAAAUUCCAUGUAUCUCCAACUUAAUCCCCGAAUUGUAUCUGCUGAAGUAGGGGGGAAAAGAAAAGGGCUUUGUUGAUUUUAUUGCAUUUAUUUGAGCUCUCUGCAUCCCACACAUGGAGAGAAAUUCCAGAGAGAAAGAAAACAAACGUGAGCAAACGAAUCUGUGGGUUUUAUGGUAUCAGAAACUCUAAUGUACACCACAGCUGUACUGCAGAGAAAGUUCAUUCAAACAUUCCUCCCCCCCCCCCCCCCUCUCUCACUCUCCUCUUGCUUUUCUUGUCCGUCUGUCUCAUUGAUGUUUCGGACGGUGAGGCGAGAAUCCCGGCCUUUUGUACUUUGAGAGAGCGACUCGGAGGAGGUCAGGGGGUGACUUUAGGGAAAGUGACAGAUGAGAGAGCAGUAGAGGGCGGCGGAGAAGUGGCUUUAAAGGCGAGGGGCGGGGGAUAGGCAAGAUCGAUCACAGGGUUAAAAAAACUCUUUAAAAAGAUCCUCUCCUGGAGAGUAAAAGCCACCGGGUCACAAGUCACGACCGAGAGACACUUGAGAGACAGAGAGAGUUUAGACUAAAGACAGCCACUCUCCCAGCUGACCAGAAGUGCAAUAUCAUGUAUCUCAGAGUCAACCUCACCAUUAAAACAGUAAAAAAAAAAAAAAAAAAAAUCAAACAUGCCUCCGAGAGUCUUACGAAACGCGACUCAUACUCUGGAUUUAGUUUGGAUCUCAGCAACAACACAUGUGCCUUUGAAGGCCUUUGGGUCCAAAACAAAUAGGAAACAUUGCUAAUAUUGCUGUAAUAGUACACUGAGGGGACCACAUUUGUAAGGAUUUAAGUCGGUGCAGUGUCACGAGCAAAAGAAUGAAUCAAGGGAAAAACAAUGUAAACAGAAAAUUACCAGGAAUGACAAAGCCAAAAUUGUAUUUUGUAUUGUUUUGUAUGUUGCUUGGGACCUUUUCUCUCUUUUUUUUUUUUUUUUGUGUGUGUUUCCAUUUUUGAAAAAGCAGGAAAAAUCGAUUUAGGUUCCUGAUGCAUUCUGGACAUAUUUAUUGUCACAAAUAUAUUGUAUGUCAACCGUGUCAUUGUAAAACAUUUCCACAUUGUACAAGUGAGUGACAAACAAAAAUACUUUAUCCAUCAAAUUACAGAGCGCCUCCAUACGCACUCUUGUUUUUGUCCAUCUGUCUAUGUUAGAAUGAACCAGUCCUUUCAUUCCUUUGAUAUAUUUUUUGUAUUAUUUGACAAAGCGAUGUGACAUAAUGUCACGUGUACGAGCGCAUUAUCUCUACUAUUUAUAAUAAAAUAAAAACUCUGAAAAUA